ACAAGGGAAGUAAAUAGAAUUUGGGAUAUGAAAAUCAUGUUUACGUUUGUUAGUUAUAAAUUUCUUUACUUGCAACCGCUUUUGUGCUGUUAAGUCUAAAUAGUAAAGUGUACUGUUAGAUGUGUUACCAUCUAGAUCUCUAGAACUAUACUAUAAGUAGAAAAUGAAGCUAUGACCAUUUUGGAAUGCUCUGUACUCAUUGAAGAUUUAGAAAGAGAAGGUGCUGUAGAAAUUCUGCCUGACUAACUGUAGUUCAGACAUCAUGAGCAGGCCUGGUCACAUUGACAUAGAUGCCAUUAUAUCACAGCUCCUUAGCUGCAAAAAUCAACCUGGAAAACAGGUGCAGCUUCCAGAAGCUCACAUUAGACAUCUGUGCAUAGUAUCAAGGGACAUUUUUAUGGAGCAGCCCAUGUUAGUAGAAUUAGAUGCACCUGUGAAUAUUAUAGGCGACAUCCAUGGUCAAUACGAUGACUUGCUACGACACUUUGAUGCAUGUGGAUAUCCACCCAAUGCUAAUUAUCUUUUUCUUGGAGACUAUGUAGACAGAGGCCGACAAUCUUUGGAGGUCAUUUGUUUGCUUUUAGCUUACAAAAUCAAAUAUCCUCAAAACUUUUUCAUGUUGAGGGGAAAUCAUGAAUGUGCUUCAAUCAACAGAAUAUAUGGUUUCUAUGAUGAAUGCAAGAGGCGCUACAAUAUAAAGCUUUGGAAAACAUUUACUGACUGUUUCAACUGUUUACCUGUUUCUGCUAUUGUAGAUUGUACUAUACUGUGCAUGCAUGGAGGCCUAUCACCAGAUCUUACAGAACUGGAUCAGAUCCGCCAUCUCCAUAGACCAAGUGAUGUACCUGACCAUGGACUGCUGUGUGACAUUUUGUGGUCAGAUCCUGAUGAGGAUAUUACUGGUUGGGGUGAAAAUGAUAGAGGUGUGUCAUACACAUUUGGUGGCGAUAUUGUGAAGGAAUACCUGAGAAGAUUUAGUUGCAGUUUGAUUGCUAGAGCACAUCAGGUUGUGGAAGAUGGCUAUGCAUUUUUUGAAAAACGAAAGCUUGUUACAAUAUUCAGUGCUCCCAAUUACUGUGGUGAGUUUGACAAUGCUGCAGCAGUCAUGAUUGUUUCGGAAGAUCUGACAUGCUCUUUCAAAAUUUUAAAACCCUCCACAACAGAACCUGCCAAACCUAUUCCAGCAAAAGGCAAAGUAAGAUGAGAUGAGAUGUUCAUGUAGAUUGAUGUACAACACAACCUGCUUUAUUUUAGUAGCUAGGAAGCUUUUUGACCCUGAUUUUUUAAAACUUAUGAAAAUUAUAAUUCAUUUACAGUCAAAAUAUUAUAAAUUUCAGCCUAUACCAAAUUUAAGAAAUAAUUAUUUUAAAAGCUAGACAAAGAAAAUUUCUGUUCUGUCUCUAAGAGAAAUUGUGCUUGUAUUUAGUCUAAAGACAACAUACAUAAUGUUUUUCUUUGCCUUUUUGAAGUCAGACAAGAUUCAGACUAUUAAUUCCAAUAUGCAUGUAAUUUUCAAUUUCCAUUAUUUCAUUUGUCAUGCUGCAUUGGUUUUUCUUUCCAUUAACUCAUUCAAGACUAUCGUUGGUGGUUUUGUUCUCAUUUGAAUCAUAGGCCAUAUUUAGUGUUGAUAGGUGUUAAAAUAGCAAAAACAUUUAACAUUUUAAUUCUCUGAGCUAUCAAAUAUCUUUGUUAAAAUAUUUUUUUAAUUACUGCAUAAAUUAGCAAUUAAGCAAUUAUUUUGUACAUUAUGUGUGCUUAAGUUUAUAUCACUGUGGCAGUGAAUCUUAUAAAUUUUAAAUAAAACCUGUUAGUAUUUAGUAUUGACCUUUUAUGUAUUUAAGGGUUAUAAAUAGAUUAAUAAUUUUUUUUUUUAGUUCCUGUGUCAUUUUUAUUUUCUGAGUUUUACUUGGAAAUGAAUCACCAGUAAUCCAAACAUCUGAAGUACCUUUGAUUUUUGUAAAUGUUUGUGGGGCAUCAGUUACCUACAUUUUUAGAAUCUGCAUUUAAAACAGAUUGACAUCAUCCUUCACGUGUUCCUUUUCAAAUUUGUAAAGGUGAUGGGAGCCAGAUGGGCUUACAGACAUCCUGCAAACUGAAAUCUAAUGCUAUUUAUAAGUUUAUUUUAAAACUCAAUUUGUGAUUGUUUGGCAGGAAUCAAACCUUUACUGUCUUGCAUAUUUAGAUGUGGCUAACAUGCUGCGUACAAUGACUAAUAAAAUACUCCCUUUUCUAUACAUCCAUGAAAUACAGUAUUUUUGUUUUUUUCUGCUGGCAACUUUUAGCCUGAGAUAUUUUGUUCCAGAGUGUUCAUACAGUUUUAUUCUAGUCAUUUUAUUCUAAUUUUUAAUUCCAUUUUACAUGGAAUUUGGUGUUUAUUAUUUUUUUCAGCUAUUGGCAGCACCAUGCUCAUUAUGAACAUUCCUUUUUUUUUUUCAUUCAGAAAAUCAAAUUUCUUGAAUAGUAUUUUACAUCUGUACUUUGCUAUAAACUAUUGUUUUUCAUAAAUAUAUAUGUAUUUAAUAAGAACGAGAGCAGUGAUAUAACUUUUCAAAUAUGGCAACAUCAACCAAAGUGUAUUUUAAAAACUUUAAUGUUUUUGAUGCUUGGAUAUUGGUAUACUUUUUAAAUUAACAAGAUCAUAAAACAUGCAAAAGUGUACCUGCACAAAUGAGAAUGAAUAGUUAAUUUAAAGGUACAUUUCAAAGUGAUUGUUCUAUACAUAUUCUUAAAUUAUCACAAUCUGCAUCAAUAUUUUGCUUUUGCAAUUUAAUUUGGCUUACUUAUAAUUAUUUUCUAAUUUUAUUAGAAACAAAAAGAUAUAUGUGUUUAUUAGAUAUUUGCUGUAUGUUAAAUGAUCAUCACCAGUUUUUAAAAGUAAUUUCAUCUGUACUGUUUUAAAAGAUUUAUUUGCUUUAUUACUGUUAUAAACCCUAAAAACAAGUAAACAAAAUUGGUUGUAAAUCUGUUAAGCAAAUAUGUUUGCAUUUCAUAUAGUUAUAUUAAGAUCCAAAAGAUGAUUUUAAAUGGUUUAACUUUUAAAAAUGCAUGAUUGAAAUAAUAAUUUAUUCCUAUCAAGUUUAGACUGCUCUUUCCAUUUUGUAAUUUUAAAAAUCUUAGUUGAGUUAAAUGAACUUGCUGUAUUCCUAACUGUGUAUGCUUUAAAAUUAUUCUUGAAUGUGAAUUUUUAAUCCAUUAUUUUCACAGAUUUUAUCUAAUGUAUCUAAUAUAAACUGUGAUCUUUUUUAUUUUAUUUGGGGUUCAAUUUUAUAAGAGUUUUUUUGGAUGUUCUGUAUUUGUGUUUAUCCAUAAAAUAUUCAUCAA